GCGGCGGGAGGGCUUCCUGCGGGCGCCUUUGCGCUGACCCCCGGCAUGGCGGUGAUGGGGGUGCAGGUGGUGGUCACCCUGCUGGCCGCCAGCCUGAUGCAGAAGAUGGCCCCGCACUGCUCCUUCGCCCGCUGGCUGCUGUGCAACGGCAGCCUGUACAGGUACAAGCACCCCUCGGACGAGGAGCUCUGCGCCCUGGCCGGGAAGCAGCGCCCCAAGAGCAGGAGGGACAGGAGGGCCAGCGGCGUGGCCGAGGACAAGCCCCUGUCGGUGCCACGGGACAUCGAGCUGCAGCUGGACACCAGCCCCAUCACGGCCGUGGACGCGCUGGUGCUGCGCCAUUUCCUGGAGUACCAGUGGUUCGUGGAUUUCUCCGUCUACGCCGGCGCCGUGUACGCCUUCAGCGAGGGCUAUUUCUGCCUGGUGAGCCCGGCCCGGGAGAGCAACCUGGGCGUGCUCUGGUGCCUGCUCACCGUCCUCUUCUCCGUCAAGGUGUUCUGCGUGGUGAUGCGUCACUAUUUCCGCUCCGAGGAGGGCGGCGAGCGCUCCGUGUGCCUCACCUCGGCCUUCUUCUUCCUGCUGCUCGCCAUGCUGGCCCUGGUGGUGCGCGAGGAUUACCUGGAGUUCGGCCUCGAGGCCGGCCUGGCCGGAGUCUCCUCUAACCUGGAGCCCAUCCUGAAGCCGCGGGGCUGGGAGUGGACGCUGCCCCUGGCCAGGCUGGCCUUCAAGCUGGUACUGGUGGCCCUGAGCUCCUUCCUGGGCGCCUGCCUGACCUUCCCGGGGCUGCGCCUGGCACAGACACACCUGGAUGCACUGAGCAUGGCAGCUGGCAAGCCCCUGACACAGCUCCUGCUGCACGUGGGGUUCGUGGCCCCCGUGCUGGUGGUGCUGCUCUGGGUCCGGCCCCUGGCCCGCGAUUUCCUGCUCCAGGCCCCGCUGGGCAAGCAGACGGUGCAGAUCCUGUCGGACGCGGCCUUUGACACGCUGCGCCUCUGGGCCGUGGUGGCGCUGUCGCUGCUGCGGCUGCUGGGGACGCGCCACCACCUGCAGGCGUACCUGGCGCUGGCCGAGCGCUGGGUGCGGCGCAUGCGGCGCCAGGCGGGGCGGAUCCCGGCCCGAGACAUCCAGCGGCAGAUCUCCAGGAUUUACUGCUACGUGUCCGUGGUGAGCCUGCAGUACCUGGGCCCCGUGAUCCUCACGCUGCACUGCGCCCUGCUGCUCAAGACGCUGGGCCAGCACUCCUGGGGGCUGUACCCCGCCGUGUCCCCCGCCGUGUCCCCAGCAGCGCCGGUGGCCCCGCCGCGCCCCGAGGGUGGCCCUGGGGACGCCGAGGACGUGCAGGUGGUGGUGCAGGAGAUCUCGGGGCUCCUGGGCUGCAUCUUCACCCCGCCCUUCUUCCGAGGACUCUUCUCCUUCCUCACCUGGUGGGUGGCCGCCUGCCAGGUGGUCACCAGCCUCUUCGGGCUCUACUUCCACCAGUACCUGGCGGCCUCCUGACUGGGGGGACUGGGGGGACUGGGAGGAACUGGGAGGAACUGGGAAGGAACUGGGAGGAACUGGGUGCUGCCGGUCCCUCAUUGCUGCCCUGCCUGCUUGUGCCACUUUGAGGACACCUGUGGGGACAUUGGUGCCACUUUGAGGACACCUGUGGGGACAUUGGUGCCACUUUGAGGACACCUGUGGGGACAUUGGUGCCACUUUGAGGGCACCUGUGGGGACAUUGGUGCCACUUUGAGGACACUUGUGGGGACAUUGGUGCCACUUUGAGGACACCUGUGGGGACAGUGGUGCCACUUUGAGGACAUUGGUGCCACCAGGACGGGUUUAGUGCCACCGCUGUGCCUGUCCCUCGUUGGGGACACUCCAGUGCUGCCUUUUCCUGGCGGGCAGCGGCUCCUGGCGUGCUGGGGACACGCUGGGGACAUCCAGGAGUGGCACCAGAGAUUUCGGGGUUCUUGUGGGGUCUCUGCAUCCCCGUGCUCCGUGUGACCCCAGCAGCCUCGGGGGUGGCUGCUCCACAAUAAACAAGUGACACCA